GCCCCUCACUCCACGAGGCAUCCGGCAGCUCGUGGGAGCUGGAAGGCGGGGACAGUGCAGCCCUGGCAGCAGGUCAGCACCCAAAUAAAACAGCAGCACAACCCAGCAACCCUAAGAGCGAGAGCAGACAGGAAUCCUCCUGCUGGCACAAGACUACAACCCUCACAGCAGGACAAGGACAGAACCCUCAGAGGACAACAAGACCCACUGCAAAAAGGUAGGGAAGACAUCAGAGGGUUUGAGAGCAACAGCUGGGCCUUGGAGGCUGAGCAGGUUUUUCUCAAGGUUUUUCCACAACUUCUAAGGAUAUGUAAGGGAUUCUAGAAGGCUUCUCAGCACAUUCUGGGCAUUCUAGGGUAUUCUAAGGAGGUUAUAAAGGCUAUAUCAGGGGUUUUUGGAACACUUUCAGGGUGAGAAUCAGAACGGAUACUCCCUGAAAAUGCAGAGUUUUAAGACUGCAGUGGAAUACAUUUAAAAAGGGCAUGGGGUCACAGAGUGAAUUGGGAAAAAAAGUGAUGGUCUAAAGACGGUAAGUUCCAGGCCAAAUGGAGUCAUUGUGGCUAGCACCAGAUGCGGACACCUGUGUAGGAGAGGAAUCCUGCACUAUAGAAAUGAACAGCCCAAAAGAACCUACAUAUAACCUGACAUCAGGAACCUGGCCUGGUGAGUUUUGUUUCUCAGAGAAAAAGCCAUCGUUCGUGUCCAGGGCCCGGAGUGGCCGGCUGCCUGCUGAAAUUCCGCACGGAUCAGGAUACCUCCCAGAUGCAAGGUGCCCCCACAGGCAGCUGUGUCUGGUUUGACAGUGCCAAGUGCCUCCUGCAAACUGACCACGUGUAUGGAGGUAAAAGGCCAUUUUACAUACAGAGCAAUAUACAAUAAUGCAUCAGCUAAUGUCCUCGCAGCUGGGGCAGAGCUGUCCCCUGUCCAGCACAAACAAAAACUAUUCUGGGCCGUGACCUGCCACAAACCUCGGCCCACGCGCAACAAUUACAGUGUCACCAGAAGCGCCACCGCCACAUCCCGGCACGGCCACCGCCAGAGCAGGUCCGACUGUCCUCUCCUGUUCCCUCCGUCCCCUCCUAUCCCCUUUGGUCCCCUCCUGUCCAUUCCUGUCCCCUCUGUCCCCUCCGGCAUGGACCCCGCGGUGCCCAGGGCCACGCUGAAGGUGCUGGCGCUGUGCACGGCGCUGCUGGUGCUGGUGGCGGCGGUGACAGUGGCGGUGGCGGUGUCGCUGUGGCGCUCCGAGGUGCUGGGGCAGCUGCGGGGCUGCCGGGAGCGGGCAGCGAACGAGAGCCGGGAGCUCGGGACCCACCUGGGGGAGCUGGAACGGGACCGGGAGCGGCUGCGGAGCGACGGGGACACGCUGCGCCGAGAGCUGGCACGGGCACAAGGGGACAGCGCCAGGGACAAUGCCAGCCUCGUGUCCUGCCGGGAGCGCGCGGCCAGGCUGGAGGCCAAUGUCACCGCGCUGGGGAACGAGCUGGUGGCGCUGCGGCGGGAGCGGGCCGAGCUGGCCGGUGCCAAAGUGGCGCUGCAAGAGGAGGUGGCGCGGGGCGCGGAGCAGGCGCAGGGGCUCCGGCGGCGGCUGCAGGAGGCGCUGGAGCAGCAGCGGGAGCUGUGGGAGCGCCGGGAGCGCUGCGAGGGGCGACAGCGGGAGCUGCAGGACAGCCUCCGGGACUACGCGGCCGAGCUGGAGGCGCUGCGGCGGCGGGCCCGGGACAGAGGCAGCGGGCGCAGGUGUCCCCCGGGUCACCGGAAGGGCUGAGGUCCGCAGCCUCCCCAGCGAGCGCCACAUCCCCGUUGUCGCAGUGUCCCCAGCGCUGCCACCUGCGGGGCUGGCCCAGCCCCGGAGAAUCCAGCGCAGCGCGGGAGCUGUGGGGGUGGGAGAUGGUCCUGAUCCCACUGAUCCCCUUGAUCCCUGAUCCCAUUGACCCCGCAUCCCAUUGAUACCCGACCCCAUUGAUACCCGAUCCCAUCAAUCCUUAAUCCCAUUGAUCCCAUCGAUCCCUGAUCCCACCAAGAUUCCUGAUCCUAUUGAUCCCUGAUCCCAUUGAUCACAGACCCCACUGAUCCCUGAUCCCACUGUGAUCCCUGAUCCUAUUGACCCCAUUGAUCCCCGAUUCCAUUGAUCCCUGACCCUCUUGAUUCCAUUGAUCCCUGAUCCCACUGAUCCCUGAUCCCAUGGUGAUUCCUGGCCCCACAGGGUCCCAAUCCCAUCCCAUGUCCUGAUCCCAUCCUGUGUCCUGAUCCCAACCUCAAUCCCGAUCCCAUCCCAAUCCCACUGCGCCCCGACCCCUUAGUGCUGCCACCCCGUGUCCCUGUCCUGCCGUGUCCCCAUCCCGUGUCCCAGCUGGACAGGGGACACAGGGGUCCCUUCUCCACUUUUUUGGGGCAGUUUCGGCUCAUCCUGGGCACAGAUUUCCCUGAAAUCCCCUCUGGGGGCUCCGGCCAUAUCCACAGCACUCCAGAACCCGGGAACAGCGGGAAUUUGGGGGAUUUUGGAAACACUGGGCAAUAAAAGCUGCACUGCUCACCGGGACAUCUCCCUGUGUCACCAGCCCGCUGUCCCCUCUCUCUCUGACCCCAACUGCCCCCUCCCCAAACUCCAGGGAUU